CUACUAUGCCUGCGAUGCCCUCCAAACCCGCUCGACCUUUAACUCAUCUCAUGCGCUAUAUAUAUUUUAGUUUUGCGUGGUGUGUGAUGUAGGCCUCUCGUAUUGUAGCAGCAGCAAGCUGUGUCCGUCUCCGCUAAUUAUUGAACUGAUCUUCCGGUUCUCUAGUUUUGGAAGCACAAGACACGACACAACAUAACACAUAUAUACAGUAUACCCGAAAAUAAUAUAAAGGAUGGUCUGUUUCUGUUUUCUGGUCGAUCAACAGCGGAAGGUGCGUCGGAGCAAGCCGGCGGCAGGAACCUGUUCACGGUGCGGGGCCGGGGCGAGCGUGGCUGAUAUGAAGACAGCUACAAGAUUUUGUCAUGUGCCUUUCUAUUGGAAAUCCUGGAAAGCCAUCAUAUGCACAUUUUGUGGAGCCGUUCUUCGAUCCUACCGAUAGAUUUUUGUAUAUACAGGCCUGUACUUGUUUGUAAUUUGCAUAUAUCCUGAAACUGUAGUCUGUCAUACAUUGUUACAUAGGAAUAAUAAACAUUAUUCAGGAACUAAUAUUUGAACAA